AUGAAUCAUCGAAGACAUUUACAUCUGAGAAACUUUCUCAUCUUCUGGAACAUAUAUUUUACCAGCUCAUUAGUUAUACCAACAGACAAUGGCAAACACAGUACCAGCACUCAAUUCGGCAGACGAGGAAUUUCUGCCACACACUUGGCAAUCGAAUCAUCAUCUGAUUCCAAAGAAGCGGUCUCUUUGUUACCGACUAUGCUCAAGUCUCAGUCAUUGCCAACUACUUCAUCACUGAGGAACAGUGCUCUAUCAUCCAGUUCACUCGGGAGAAACAAGAUCACACUCUUGGAAGGAGAUUCGGUCCCACUAUUAAAUCCUUGGGGCUUACGAAGCGAAGAACAGCUGGAAAAGUCCGCGUCAACCACCUCAAUUGGUGGAAAAGGAAAGGAAUUAGAUAAAUUGAACUCUUCGUGGUGGAAAAAUCAAUUACCCAGAAUUCUCAAAUCUUGGUGGAAGACAGUGAUAAAUCAUCUCAGCUCGUUUCAAAAAUCGAUCAAAAGAGGCUUUGGUAAAAUUAUACCAAGCAGACCAUAUACUGUUUUAUCGAAGUCUCCCAGCUCACAUGUGAUCUCACCCAGUGAUAGAUCAACAAUCGAUGAAGGAACGAAAGUUCUCGAUGGCACAAUAGCGAAUGACGUGACAAAAAUUCCUCAUGGAUCUAUCGAUGAUCCAGCUACAAGAACCCCUCAUGACUCCACAGUUGAUGAAGGUAAAAAGACUCCUCAUGAAUCCACAGUUGAACAAGCGACAAAGAUUCCUUUCGACGCCAUAGCUGAUCAAACAACAACAACUCCUCAUGAACCCACAGUUGAACAAGUGACAAGAAAUCAUGAUGAAUCAAUACCAAAUCAGGCGACAACUCCUCCUCAUGAAUCCGCAGUUCAAGGAGCGACAAAAACUCCUCUUGACACCAUCGCUGAUCAAGGGACAGCAGCUCCCCAUGAACCCAUAGUUGAACAAGUGACAAAAAAUCAUGAUGAAUCGAUAGCAAAUCAGGCGAUAACAACUCCUCAUGAAUCCGCGGUUGAAAAAGCGACAAAAACUCCUCUCGACACCAUAGCUGAUCAAGGGAAAACCACUCCUCCCGAACUCACAAUCGAGCAAGCGACAAGAAGCCAUGAUGGAUCGAUAGCUAAUCAGGCGACACAAAUUCCUCAUGAAUCCGCAGUUGAAGAAGGAACAAAAGCUCCUCUCGACACCAUAGCUGAUCAAGGGACAACCACUGCUCACGAACCCACAAUUGACCAAGCGACAAGAAGCCACGAUGAAUCAAUAGCUAAACAGGAGACAAAAAUUCCGCAUGAUCAUUCACAUGAGGAUGACGAAAUAUUCCACGAUGCUUUGAGUGAAUUCCAAGAUAAUAUACCGGAUGAACAUGAGACCUUUCUUAGUACGGAACCGCAACCUCAUCUCAAAGAAAACCAUGUACCCGCCGGAGCAGAAGCUGCCCUAAAAGAAAAACUUUCCCCUGAAAAAGCACAAGGUCUUCCGAAAGCAACUCUCCCUGCUGAAGAACAAGCUGCCCCAAAAGAAAAACAAUCUUUACUUGAAGAAGACCAUGCACCCGCCCAAGCACAAUCUUCGCUAAAAGUUCUUCCGAAAGAAACCCUACCUGCCGAAGCACAAGCUGCCUCAAAAGGAAACCUUUUCACAGAAGAGCAAGCUCUACUUGACGAAAACCAUGUCCCUACCAAAGCACAAGCUGCGCUGAAAGUUGUUCCCGAAGAAACCCUCCCUGCCGAAAAACAAGCUGCCUCAAAAGAGAACCUCUCCACAAAAGAACACACUUCACUUGAAGAAAACCACAUACCUACCGAAGCACAAGCUGUGCUAAAAGAAAAACUUUCCCCUGAAAAAGCGCAAGUCCUUCCGAAAGACACCCGCCCUGUCCAAGAACAAGCUGCUUCAAAAGUCCUUUCCACGAAAGAACAAGCUUCACUUGAAGCAACCCAGAAUCCUGCCCAAGCACAAGCUGCGCUAAAAGAAAACUUCUCGCCCAAAGAAGCACAAGCAUCUCCAAAAGAGAACCAUCCUCCCACUGUACCACAAGUUCCGCUAGAAGGAACCCAUUCCCCAAAUCCCGACGCAUCACCAGCUAGCCUUGCACCAGUUUUGGCUGCCCCCGUCUCCAAAUCAAUCUCGGAUACCCCCGAAGCAUCAUUGCAUGCCAUCUCCGCCAAGCCAUUGCCAUCUACAGCCGAGCCAUUUUCGAAUGUCCGCGCAUCCAACCCAUCAUCAGCUGCCACCAAAACAUCAACUCGCACCCCGCCCAUAUCGACUGCUGUUGAUAACGUGUUUAGGCCUACGUUUCGUGACACAGAAUUGACAGCUAAAAGUUUGGCAAAACCAAAAGCUUAUCUUGUAAAACAGAGUCAAUUAGCAAUCGCUGAGAUUUCUUGGGAACUGAUGCGAAGAGGAGAGCAAUGGGACACUGUGUUUGAAAAACUAUAUCCUGGUUGGACAUUGGGAUUGGCGGGAAGGGGGUCGAAGCACUUGCAAAAGUACACGGACCUCUGGGAGCUUCAAUAUGAAAUUGCGAAAAGAACAUCUGGGGUGGACCAUCUUAAAAAUUCUAAAACUCUCAGGGAAGCUCUUGAUAAACCUUCGGACGCGGCAACCCGUAAAGGAUACGAUAUAUUCAUAGCUACCUUGCAGGGUAAGAUGGAUGAAACUUUCGUCAAAACCAUCACAACAGCGGACAAGAUGACAAAGCUUCAGAAAAACAUCGCCAAACAGCUUCAGGACUGGGACAAAAGUAAAAUAUAG